AUGAUUUCUCAAAUACAUCCAUCAUUGGAAGAAGCAUCAAUAAAAGUAACUAAAGAUUUGGAUGAGAAAGAUGAACGCAGUGGACAAAUAAAGUUCGUUAAUUCUGAUACGACGCCGACGUCAAAGGAGAGAAAUCUGUGGGAAACGAGAAAAGCUAAUCUAGGAGUAAUGCUUGGUGUGUAUUUACCAACGAUCCAGCAUAUUCUUGGUGUGACAAUGUUCAUACGACUGGCAUGGGUAGUUGGAAUAGCUGGCAUAGUGGACACUAUGAUUUUGUUACUACUUUGUUGCUUAUGUACUUUAUUGACAAGCAUUUCGCUAUCAGCGGUAGCAACAAAUGGUAUUGUUGAAAGUGGGGGAGUUUAUUUUAUGAUUUCAAGAAAUUUGGGAGCCGAAUUUGGCAGUGCUGUGGGUAUUUUGUUUUAUUUAGCGAAUACGGUGGCAUCAUCGAUGUAUUUAAUUGGAGGGAUUGAAGUGAUGCUGCUCUACAUUUUUCCAUCUUUAACUAUUGGCGGUAGCGAUGUACACUCUGAUACUGAUAUGUGGGGGAUGAUGUCACAUAAUUAUCGUAUUUAUGGUUCAAUACUUCUUUUAUUGGAAGUAAUAAUCGUGGCUAUGGGUGUACGAUUUGUACAACUCAUUGCACCGGUGUCUCUAUUAGUCGUAAUUAUUUCUAUACUUGCAUGCUUUGCUGGCGGUCUGGAAAAAGCGAUUAAUCAUAGCGGUCAACAUGUAUGUAUGCUGAACCAACAACUUCUUCAAUCACGAAUAUUUUUUCCGCAUGGCGCCGAUCUGUCAACACUUUGCAAGCGAUGCGUUAAGUCCGAAGAUAUAUCGGAUGAUUUUUGCAACAGUACAACAGCAUCUUUUUGCACACAUUUCACUGCAUCAACGUUAGCAUGUACCAACGCAUUCCCUGGCAUCAAUAUGCAAACUUUUUAUGAUAACAUGAAACGAAUGUAUAUGGACGCGGGUGAAUCUUAUCCUGAUAUAGCGGCUGAUGAUGCCGGUUUGGAAGUUUCUCAAGACUUUCGGACAAGCUUUUUUAUCUUACUUGCUAUCUACUUUCCAGCUGUUACUGGGAUUAUGACGGGGACAAAUAUGAGUGGUGACUUGAAAGAUCCUCAGAAAUCGAUUCCAUGUGGAACGAUCGCUGCAACAUUAACAACAUCCGCAAUUUAUUACGCAUUGGCAUUGCUAUUCGGUGCUUCAAUUACCGGACCGGUUCUACGUGAUAAGUAUGGAAGAAGCUUGGACAGUUCCAUGAUUGCUGCACUGCUAUCAUGGCCUUCACCAUGGAUUGUUAUCACUGGCUCUUUCUUAUCUACAUUUGGUGCCGCCUUACAGUGUCUGUGCAGUGCACCACGAUUAUUACAGUCAAUUGCUAAAGACGAUGUUAUACCGGUAUUAGCACCUUUUUCCAAAGUUACAGGAACUAAUGAACCAUUUCUGAGCUUACUGGUAACAGCAUUAAUAGCCGAAUUUGCUAUACUUCUUGGCGCUGUGGAUAAAAUAGCUGAAGUACUGGAUUUUUUCUUUCUGAUGUGUUACGCAUUUGUGAAUUUAAUCUGUGCGUUGCAUUCAUUGUUAAAAGUACCGAAUUGGAGACCGCGGUUCCGUUAUUAUCACUGGUCCUUAUCAUUAACCGGUGCAGCUCUGUGUUUCUUCAUAAUGUUCGCAUCACAUUGGCAGUAUGCAGUAUUUUCAAUCAUUUUGACUUUUGUUAUCUACAAGUAUGUGGAAUGGAAAGGGGCUAAGAAAGAAUGGGGUGAUGGAAUACGAGGUUUGGCGCUGUCAACAGCACAGUACAGUUUGCUGAAGGUUGAGGACAAGGAUCCACAUCCGAAAAACUGGCGGCCACAAUUGCUUGUCUUGGUGUAUGAUUCUUUCUGGUCCAAUAGUGUCAUGGAUAAAUGGAAUGUUAAUUUAAUUAAUUUGGCUGGACAGUUAAAAGCAGGACGCGGACUGGCUAUUGUGGUGGCCCUUAUAAAAGGUUCUAGUUGGAACUGUGGUGAUCGACAAAAAGCUGAAGAGAUGAAAGAGAGGAUCCAACACGAGAUGCUGCGCGUUCAUUUGCGUGGUUUUGGCAAAACGUUACUUUUUGACGAAAAUCAGAUGCAUGGAUGCUUUGCGACGUUAUUCCAAAGUAUCGGUAUUGGUGGUCUGAAGCCGAACACUGUCUUAAUGAAUUGGCCUAAAAUAGAAGAGGAAAACGCAGUCUUUGCUGUAGAAUUGGUCGAAGCUGUAGCGAAUGAUGAAUGCAUUAUGCUAGCCAAAGGUAUAACAGAAUUCCCAUCAUCAUCUAGCGAUCGCCUAACUGGUUAUAUUGAUAUAUGGUGGAUUUUACUUGAUGGUGAUCUCCUUAUGCUGACUGCAUUCCUUCUCAAACAACAUAAAAUAUGGCGGGGCUGUAAAUUGAGAAUUUUUGCAAUCGCUGAAAUACCGGGAAAAAAUGUUGAAUUAAAAGCAAUGCUGCAAAAAUACAUUUACAUGUUGCGUAUCGAUGCAACAGUUUUUAUAGUAGACGACAAUGUGAAUCACGGAAAUGAACCUGAAACUUCGAGUGGACUGAUUCAUAGUGCUGAUGCACUCAUGAUUACCACCAAGGAAAAAAAAAAUGACCACAAAAGCAAAAAAAUAAUUAGAGGUGCUGAUAGUGAAAAUAAUGAAAUGCAAGCAGAAACAACUUUUAUUCCGAAUGGUUUAUCUUCAUUUUCAAAAGACUACUUAUCGGUUUACCAUCAAAGAGAAAUCGGAUUUCAUAACGAUGAAAAUUGGAAGGGUACUUUGGAAACAAUAAAACGUUUCAACGACGUUAUCGUGGGAAAUUCGAAAGAUUCACAGUUGGUCCUUCUUAGUCUUCCUCGUCCACCAGUAAGUAAAGAAAAAAUAUUGUCGCACUAUAUGCGUUACAUCAGUACACUCACUCUGAAUCUUCAACGAGUUUUAUUCAUCGGUGGAAGUGGUAAAGAAGUUGUCACAAUCAAUUCUUGA